UGUUCCGUUAGACACUGUGGUCCUCUCUGAUCCAACGCCUCUUAACUCCUUGUUCGAGGAGACGCAAGGCCCCCUGACAACGGAGCUACCUUCCCGGUCCCUCCCUGCCUUUAUCACGGGCCGGUAACCGUUAAAUAAGCACAGAGCUUCGUUUAACAGGAGCAGACUCUCUGCCUUCCCUAGGUUUCUGUUUGUUUUUUAAUCCUGCUGGACAUCCCUGACCAUGGCGGCGAGUGCGAAACGAAAACAAGAGGAGAAACACCUGAAGAUGCUGAGAGAAAUGACGAGUUUGGCUCCUAACAGAAAGUGCUUUGACUGCGACCAGCGGGGCCCUACCUACGCCAACAUGACCGUGGGCUCCUUCGUCUGCACCUCCUGCUCCGGCAUCCUACGAGGACUGAACCCACCCCACAGAGUUAAGUCCAUCUCCAUGACAACCUUCACACAACAGGAAAUAGAGUUUCUACAGAAACAUGGAAAUGAGGUGUGUAAGCAGAUCUGGCUGGGCCUUUAUGAUGACAGGACCUCUUCAAUACCCGACUUCAGGGAACCGCAGAAAGUCAAGGAGUUCCUUCAAGACAAAUAUGAGAAGAAGAGAUGGUACAUACCUCCAGAGCAGGCCAAGGUUGUGGCGUCCGUCCAUGCUUCCAUCUCGGGCUCCUCAAACAGCAGCACUAGCAGCACUCCUGAGGUCAGGCCGCUCAAGUCCCUGCUGGGGGACUCUGCCCCGGCCCUGCAUCUCAACAAGAGCACCCCACCUAACCAGUCUCCUGUGGCGAGCCGUGGUCAAACCCACCAGCAGCAGUUCAGUGACAAGAGGUUUGACCUCCUCAGUGACUUGGGUGGAGACAUCUUUGCCGCCCCUCCCAACAUGAACGCUGGAGGCAGCUCCAGUUUUGCUAACUUUGCACAUUUCAACAGCCACACAACGACACAGAAUGCCAACGUGAAUGCUGACUUUGCUAAUUUUGAUGCAUUUGGGAGCACGUCUGGGUCGACAGGUGGUUUCCCCUCAGCACCUCCAGCCUCGUUCCAACCCUCAAAUACAGCGUUCACUGUGCUCUCAUCCAGCCGCAGUGUGGGUGAGUUUGCCGCCGCCCUGCCUCUCCAGGGCGCUCACAGUAGCACAGCAGGCGGACUAGCAAAUUCCAAUUUUGCAAAUUUUGACCACUUCCCCAAAUCGUGUAGCGCUGACUUUGGAUCCUUCAGUUCAUCCUCGCAGAGUAACUCCACAGCAGCAGGCAGAGAUGUUGUUCAGAGUUCUAGCGGCCCUGCUGAUAAAUACGCAGCCCUGGCUGACCUGGAUAACAUGUUUAGCUCUGCCAAAUCAGAGCAAGGGGGUGGUGCUCCUGGUGGCGUGAGCUCGGCCACGGCAGCAGGAGUGGGCGGUUUAUCUCAGAAGCAGCUGACAGGAGGGGACCGCUAUGCCGCUCUAGCUGAGCUGGAUACCGCCUUCAGCUCAUCAGCGCCAGCAACAAGCGUUUACAACACCAGCAGCACAUCACAAGGGGCUAUGUUUGGUCAGGAGACCGGAGUGUCAACAGUACAAGCGCAACCAGUCCUGCCUGGCAUGGCACAAGGCUUUGGAGCUCCAUCAACAAAUCCAUUCGUCGCCGCUGGAGUGGCCCCCGCUGCAGCGGCCACCAACCCUUUCCAGAGCAACGGCAGAGCAGCAAACAUGGCGGCAGCGGCAGCAGCGGCAGCAGCAUCAUUCGGCACGGGCUCCAUGAGCAUGCCUGCCGGAUUUGGGAACACUGCAGCCUACAACCUCCCCACCAGCUUUAGUGGAACCUUUCAGCAACCCUUUCCUGGCCAGACUCCCUUCCCUCAGCCUCCUGCGUACCCCCAGCAGCCCAACGGUGGGGGAUAUCCGGCCUAUGCCCAGGUAAAGCCGGUUGUGACUCCGUUUGGACAGGCCAUGGCGGGACCAAUGGUCUCUAGUAACCCUUUCCUGGGUGCCGGUCCGCCUGCUCAGUACCCAGCUGGAGGCUCCUCCACCAAUCCCUUCUUAUAGCAACCAUCCAAUCAGCUUCACUACAGGGUCAACAACGGGCGCUUGCUCCUAUUGCACUGUUUGGUUUCACAAGUAGCUUUAAAAACACAAUGUUUGUAAGGAUUUGUAUUUUUUAUGGCGCUUUGUCACCGGUGGAACAAUGUGACGGACAUCCUGCUGAUAACGGUCGACGGCUACGCGACAAACUGCGGCGUGAGUGGAGGGAGAGGUCGAUCCCCUCCUCUCUGACGAUCCUGUGAAUGAGCCCGGCCUCUACUGAACCACGAUGUAUCAUCAAACUAACUUAUUUCAUACCGUGUAUCCUGUUUGUUAUGCUGCAAUCCUGUACAUAUGAUUUUCUCUAAGAAAUGAGCUCUUUGUGCAUAUCA